AUGAUGUUUGAAUUUGUUAUUUGGUUGACAUUAUUGUUGAUGACCAAGCCUUCAGAUACGAAGCCAUUAAGAUCAGAAAUCAAGAACGAAAUUCAUUUCGAUUCAAAUAUAACUUUUGAAAAAAGAGGAUUACAUGAAGAAGCACCUUUGUUCUACAUCGAAGACAGACACCCAGCAGAAUUCUUCUACAGUGAUCCUUAUUAUCCUUCACCUUUGGGAGGAAGAAUUGAUCAUGUUUGGCAGAAAGCCUAUGAUAAAGCAAGGAAAAUUGUUGAAAAAAUGUCCAUUACUGAAAAAGUCAACUUGACUACUGGUACUGGUUGGGGAUCUGGUCCUUGUAUAGGGAAUACCGGUGGUGUUCCAAGAUUGGGUAUUCCCAACUUAUGUUUACAAGAUGGCCCCAACGGUGUUAGAUAUACCGAUUAUGUUACUAACUUUCCUAGUGGUUUAGCCGCUGGUACCACUUUCAAUAAGGAAUUGAUUCAUCAACGAGGUAAAGCAAUUGGUAAGGAACAUAAAGCUAAAGGGGUUCAUAUGGUAUUAGGGCCUGUUGUGGGACCUAUUGGAUUAAAAGCUGCAGGGGGUAGAAAUUGGGAAAGUUUCGGUGCUGACCCUUAUUUACAAGGAAUUGCUGGUGCUGCCACAGUAGAAGGAUUACAACAGCAAGGUGUUUUAUCAAUUGUCAGACAUUUCAUCGGUAAUGAACAAGAGCAUUUCCGUCAAGUAGGUGAAUGGGAUGAUAAUGGAUGGGAUAAGUUAGAUGAAUCCAUAAGUUCUAAUAUUGGUGAUAGAGCCAUGCAUGAAAUUUACUUAUGGCCCUUUGCCGAUGUAAUAAGAUCAGGUGCUGGAGGUAUUAUGUGUUCGUAUAAUCAAGUUAACAAUACUUAUGCUUGUGAAAACUCUUAUUUAUUAAAUUAUCUUUUAAAGGAAGAAUUAGGAUUUCAAGGCUUUGUGGUUUCUGAUUGGGGUGCACAACAUACCGGAGUUUAUUCAUCGUUAUCUGGAUUAGAUAUGACAAUGCCAGGAGAAAUUUUUGAUGACUGGUUAACUGGGAAAUCUUAUUGGGGUCCUUUACUUACUCGGGCUGUUUAUAACGGUACAAUCCCUCAACAACGUUUGAAUGAUAUGGUAACAAGAAUUAUAGCCCCCUGGUUUGCUAUUGAAACUUUGAAAUUACCUAGUGAAGAUAAUAUUCCAAAUUUUAGUAGUUGGACUUAUCACACAUAUUCACAAAAGUUCCCUUAUCAACAUUUUGGGCCAAUUGUUGAACAAAAUUUCCACCAAAAUGCAAGGUCUACUUUUAGUGAAGAAGUGGCUUUGAAUGUAGCAAGAGAAGCUAUCGUAUUAUUAAAGAAUGAUGGUCAUAAUUUACCAGUUGAUGUAGGUGAUGGAAUUAAGAGAAUACUAAUCGCUGGUGUAGGUGCAGGGCCCGAUUCGAAAGGUUUUGAUUGUAAAGAUCAAAGAUGCACAGAUGGUGUUUUAACUUCAGGUUGGGGUUCUGCAGCAGUUAAUAAUCCUUAUGUAAUAACUCCUUAUGAAGCAAUAUCUGAACGAGCUAGAAGUUUGGGAAUGGUAGUUGAUUUUUCUAAUGAAAAUUGGAAUUUAGAUCACGUUAGUGAAUUAGCUGAUUAUGCAGAUUUGUCGAUUGUGGUAGUUAACUCUGAUGGUGGUGAAGGUUUUAUUGAAGUUGAUAACAAUUAUGGGGAUAGAAACAAUUUCUCUUUAUGGCACAACGGAGAUAAUUUAAUCAAACAUAUUAGUGAAAGAUGUAGAAAAACCAUAGUUGUUGUAAAUGCUAUUGGCCCAGUCAACAUGGAAAAAUGGAUUGAUAAUGAAAAUGUUGUUGGAGUUAUCUACAUGCCACCAUUGGGACAAUUUGUUGGUAAAGCAUUAAUGGAAAUUAUAUUUGGCGAUGUUAAUCCUUCGGGUAAAUUACCUUUCACAAUUGCCAAGAAGAAACUGCAUUACGUACCCAUAGUGGACGAUUUAAGCAAAAACAAUGACCCCCAAGAUAAUUUUGACAGGGAUAUAUACAUUGAUUACCGUUUCUUCGAUAAGCAUAAUAUUAAACCAAGAUUUGAAUUUGGUUUUGGCUUAUCAUACACUAAAUUUGAGUUGAGUAAUUUGAAUAUUUUAGAGAUUAAUUCACCAACAGAGUACUUACCUUACCCUGAAGACUACUUACCUAUCUAUAGAACUAUCGAAGAUGAUGUUUGUGAUCCUGAAGAUGCAUUAUUCCCUCAUGAAGAAUUUGAUCCUGUACCAGGGUUUAUUUAUCCGUACCUUUAUAAUGAAGACGUAAGAAGUUUACCUGAUGAAGACGACUUUGAUUAUCCUAAAGGGUAUAAUACAUACUUUAAGACAACACCACCAUUGAGUGGAGGAUUUGGUGGUAAUCCUGCUUUAUGGGAAAUUCUUUUUUCUGUGAAAGCAAAAGUUAAGAACAUUGGGAAAUAUAAAGGGGGAUACGUUGGUCAAUUAUAUAUUGAAUCACCUUCCACGCUUGUGUCUUCACCCGCUAAAGUAUUAAGAGGGUUUGAUAAAGUAUUUUUAGAGCCUGGUGAAUCUAAAUCAAUUCAUUUUGAUAUUCUUCACAGAGAUUUAUCCAUUUGGGAUGUCGAAAGCCAACAGUGGAUUAUUCAAACUGGUACCUAUAAAGUUUAUAUUGCAUCUUCAAGUAGAAGGGUCGAAUUAUGUGGUGAAAUUGACAUAGGUAUCUAG